CGACUGGCGCAGCACCAACUUCCGGCAGAAGCUCGUCAGCCAGAUUGAUGAAGCUAUGAGGAAGGCUGGUGUUGCCCACAAUAAAUCCAGCAAAGAUAUGGAGAGUCAUGUUUUUAUGAAGGCCAAAACAAGGGAGGAGUAUCUUUCCCUUGUGGCCAGACUGAUUAUCCAUUUUCGAGACAUUCACAAUAAGAAAUCUCAGGCUUCGGUCAGUGAUCCUAUGAAUGCCCUGCAGAAUCUAACAGGGGGUCCCCCAGCAGGGGCACCUGGGAUGGGCAUGGCUUCACGAGCUCAGGGGGCACCCAUGAGUGGGAUGGGUGCCCUCGGCCCAAUGGGACAGCAGAUGAGUCUCCCUGGGCAACAGCAGCCUCCUGGGACCUCUGGGAUGCCCCCUCAUGGGAUGCCUGGUGUCUCUACAGCUACUCAGCAGACCCAGCUUCAGCUUCAGCAGAUUGCUCAGCAGCAACAGCAGCAGCAGCAACAGUUCCAGCAGCAGCAGGUGGCUUUGCAGCAGCAGCAGUUCCAGGCCCAGCAAUCAGCCAUGCAGCAGCAGUUUCAGGUGCAGCAGCAGCAGGCAGCAGCGGCUGCAGCAGCCCAGCAACAGCAGCAGCAACAGCAAAUGCAACAGAUGCAACAGCAACAGCAGCAGCAGCAACAACAACAGGUUGCUCAGGCACAACAGUCUCAGCUUCCACCACAAUCCCAGCCUCAACCCCAGCCCAUGGUGUCCCAAGCACAGGCAAUCUCAGGACAAAUUCCUGGUCAGGUUAUGCCUGUCACUCUCACACCACAACAGUUAAAAGCAAUGCAGGUAAGAGCUCAGCUGGUCCAGCAGCAGCAGGCAGCAGCAGUGCAAGCAGCUCAGGCCCAAGCUGCUCAGAUGGGAGCUGCAGGACAGAUGAUCACCGCACCUAUGGCCCGAGGUGGGAUGCAAAUAAGACCACGGUUCCCGCCUACCACCGCUGUGUCUGCCACGCCGCCAAGCUCCAUUCCUAUGGGCGGACAGCAAAUGCCACAGGUCAGCCAGAACAACAUUACCAUGAUGUCAUCCCCAUCCCCUGUCCAGCAAGCUCAAACACCCCAGUCGAUGCCUCCUCCACCGCAGCCGCAGCCAUCGCCCCAGCCAGGCCAGCCAACCUCCCAGCCAAACUCAAAUGUCAGCUCUGGCCCUGCUCCAUCACCUAGCAGUUUUCUCCCCAGUCCAUCUCCACAACCAUCCCAGAGUCCAGCAGCUGCACGAACACCUCAGAACUUUAGCGUCCCAUCCCCAGGUCCAUUAAACACUCCAGGAAAUCCAAAUUCUGUCAUGAGUCCAGCCAGCUCUAGUCAGUCAGAGGAGCAACAGUAUCUGGAGAAACUCAAGCAGCUAUCAAAAUACAUUGAGCCACUCCGGAGGAUGAUCAAUAAGAUAGACAAAAAUGAAGAUAGGAAGAAGGACCUGAGUAAAAUGAAGAGUCUUUUAGAUAUCCUGACUGAUCCUUCAAAACGGUGCCCGCUGAAGACACUACAGAAAUGUGAAAUUGCUUUAGAGAAGCUCAAGAAUGAUAUGGCUGUGCCUACUCCACCGCCUCCCCCCGUGCCCCCCACCAAACAGCAGUACUUGUGUCAGCCGCUGUUGGACGCCGUCUUGGCCAACAUCCGUUCACCCGUCUUCAACCAUUCCCUUUACCGCACCUUCAUGCCAGCUAUGACUGCGAUCCACGGCCCGCCCAUCACGGCCCCUGUUGUUUCACCUCGAAAGCGGAAAUAUGAAGAGGAUGAAAGACAGACCAUACCAAAUGUCUUACAAGGGGAAGUUGCAAGAUUAAAUCCCAAGUUCCUGGUGAACCUGGACCCCUCCCAUUGCAGUAACAAUGGCACAGUUCAUCUCAUAUGCAAGCUAGAUGACAAGAAUCUUCCAAAUGUCCCACCGCUACAGCUCAGCGUUCCAGCAGACUACCCAGAUCAGAGCCCUCUGUGGAUAAAAAACCCCCGACAAUAUGCAGCCAAUCCCUUUUUGCAGUCAGUGUAUCGGUACAUGACUUCAAAACUAUUGCAACUUCCAGACAAGCAUUCAGUCACUGCACUCUUAAACACCUGGGCACAGAGUAUUCGUCAAGCCUGCCUCUCUGCUGCAUAACAUCUCGCUUCCUAAACCAUGAAGAAAGAAAUAUGGUCUCGACAGCUGGCCUCUCUUCCACACGUGACUGGCAAAUCACAGGCAUUUUGAGGAGGGUACUUCAGAAGAAAGAAGCCUUAUAUUAUUUUGUUUCUAGAUGUCAGGUUCAGAACAGAACCUGGUGUUAGAUUUAGCUUUCAUGUUUUUUAUCUUCCGCCUCUGUGGACUUUUGCCAGCAUUUUCAAAUAUACAAAUAUGUAUAUAUGGUUCUUGAGACUGUAUUAGGAGGAGCUUUUAUUGUCUUCUUAGAGAAGAAAUUAUUUGUGGACUUCCGUCAGGGAGUCUGACUGGUAUAAGAGGAAGCAGGGUGAGAACGUCCUAAUUUGCUUCAAAAUUUGCCCAGUGCCAGUACUCCUUUCACACUGUGUAUUUUGUGACCUGAUAUUGCCCACAAAUAAAUUAGCUGCAGCUAGAACGUGCACACAAACUUCCCAGUGGUUGCAGGGAUCUUUGCUUCUAA